AACUGUGUGUUUUGUGAAUAACCGGUCAAUUGAGAAAUUACUCAGUUUUUGCAUGCAUGUCUAUAUAUUUUAUGGUUUGGUCAGAAGUUCGGAUGCUCUGCUCAGAAGAGAUGCUGGUCCAAACCGCGCGCUGCCACGACAAUCUGAAGCUUCAUGUCUUGUUUUAUCGCUCGUUUGUCUCUCACAAUCGUUAUUUAUGGCAAACGUCACAAACUUUUUUUUCAAUUAAAUAUUUACUUUAUUAAUAAACCCGAAACGGGGAUUCAAGUUUCGGUUCAAACAAAAUGAAAUGUCACAAACUUUUUUAGUUGUUUCCUAGUUUUCAAAUUCUCUUUAUUGAGCUUGUAAAUAACUUCUUUUGUGUCGAAUAGAUAUUACAAUGAACCAAAAACAUAAUCAAAAGUUUUAAAAAGUUUGGAUCCACCAAGUGUAUUUUAGGCUAGAAACUAGUUCGUGAAACCUUUCAGAAUUAUGCGUCUCUAUUUAAGUUCAAUCAUAUAAAGAACAUAAGGUUUUCCUUCGGCCAACACUUUUCAUUAUUAUGUUAAUAGAAAUAUCUUAUAUGUUAACUGCAGUUCAAAUUUUUAACCAUCAGUAGGUAAAUAAUUUUUUUAUAAGAAAAAUCCGUAAUACAGUUAUGCAGUACUACACGAUAUUUCAAAGUUUCUAGAAGAAAAUAGUAGAAAAGGGAAAGCUACACGUUUGGCAGUAUUAACAUGGUAAUUUCUUAUAAGAAUUGGUUUUAGUUGAAACUUUUGAUAAGUAAUGGGAAAAUAUGAAACCUAUUAAGAAAAAGAAGUUAGACAUUGACCUAGUAGUUAGAGCCUAAAGAUCACUUGCCAAGAAUUAGUACCCAAAUUGAAGUCAUAGUGUUUUUUUUUUUUUUUUUUCCAUCUAGAGUUUUAUUUAAAAGGACUAAAGCCCAUAAAACAUAAAGCCCGAAAGGGCAUACACGAGGGUCAAACAUCCAAACCAACAUGGGCCACAUCUAUUACAUCGGAGCCCAACUAACACCGAAACCCACUUGAAAGCGAUCCACGUGUAGAACCAAAGAAGAAGCAAGACCACGUGUUGAGCCUCAACUGCGAGGGACACGUGUUGCCCUAUCCUUCACCCGUCAUCGCCGCUUCGAGAACCCACCGCCGGUAACUCUUGCCGGCGUUUUCACCACAACUAGAAUCGCUCAUACAGAGCUUUCUUUUCAGCGAAAGCCAAGUCGCCUACCAGAUCAAAGCUUCAAAACUGGAAUCAAUCAUCUUCAAUCCAACUUACAACCUCUGAUUUACUCUAAUCAAGGAAAAGAGAUAUAUCGGAGAUGAAGAGAGGAGAGACGGUUGAGCGAUGAAGCAGAGAGAAGCGCCGAUCAAAGGAACCGGGAGAACCCCGGUAAAGACCGCCGUCAACACCUAAGAAGGGUGACGCGGAGACUAAAGCCGGAUGUCCAUCCCCAGAAGAGAAGACGAGGACGCCGGAAGCAGAGCCGGCAGACCACCAUGAGGAGGCGCAUCUCCGGAAACAUGGACCGGUCGGAGAACCCAAACCGGUUGAAAGGCGCCGGAAAACAAACCGGUGAAAGGAAAAGCUUCAUCCCAUCUCUAUCUCCGUGAAAGAUGUUAGUGAGAGAACGGAGAAGAGAGAAAAGCUUUUUUGUAUUUUUCUGAAGUCAUAGUGUUAUUCUGAUAAUAUAUUCAAUAUUCUUUUUAGAUUCAAAUAUUUAAUAUAGCGUGUAUAUUGUAUUUAUCGGAAUUAUGCAUGGAACAUCAUAGGGAAUUGAAUGUGAGUUAGCAUUUCAAUGUGAGACCGUCCUCAACUUUUUUGACUCGGAUAAGAACGCAAUUCUCGCUCUCUGAGAAAUAUAUUUUCCUAUAAAAUACUGAAAACAUAUAGCAGACAUGUUCAUCUGAUUAUACUAACCGAGAUGAUUUUUAGAGCUGUACAAUUUGAUAUAACUCCAGUGGUGCCUGUAUAAAGAUAGAUGUGUAUUUGUUGAUAGUUUAGGAUACAAUCAUUUUGCUAUGUCAUGAAUUUUAGAGAUUUCUUGAUGGUGUCUAAAUAUAUAUAGUCAUGUCCAAUUUUUUUUUUUGCGAUAGUUAUUAAAAAGGGAGAAUUUGUGAAAUAACCAAAAAAAAAACCAAAAUUAAAUUUUUAGAGAAAGGGAUGAGAGAGAUAGGAAGGGAAAUGAAGAGAGAGAAGAUGAUUUUGGUUACUUAGCUAAUUUAAGUUUUUUGUUUGGUUAUGGGAUGCAAUUUCCCUAUUAAAAAUUAUGAAUCGAAUUCGGUUUGCAUUUGUACAUUCAUAAAUUUCACCGCAAAUACAUAUGUAUUUUCAUAUUUGAAGUUAGGAAAUCAUUUUCUUAAACUUAAUAUCUCGACUAUUAUUUGGUAGUUGGUUCUCACUACUAUAAUGGAGUAGAAGUUUUUGUUCGAAAAGUUGCCACACAUCAGUUACUUAAAUCAAGAUUGCUGUCCAUUAAGGGUUAAACAACUUCCAUAGGUGUGAUUGCACUAACACAACAGGAUUGAUUGGUUGCUCUCUCAAUAAUACUCCCUCCGUUUUUUUAUAUGACGUUUUAGAGGAAUUUUUUUGUUCCAAAUUAUUUGACGUUUUCAAUUUUCUAUGUAAAAUUUUUUAUUAAUUAGUGCUAGUUGACCAAUAACAUUAUAGUUUCUAUUUUAUAAUUGAUUAAAUUGUGGUUAGGUAAAUAAUUAAUGAUGUUUUUGUUUAGAAAUUAAAUAUUUCUUAAUAUAUAUGCACAAUCCUAAAUCGUCAUAUAUUAAAAAACGGAGGGAGUAGUUUUAAUAAUAGUAAGACAAAUAAACUUAAUUUAGAAACCAAAGUUGCUUUUUAAGGUUCCCAAAACUUGGAACCCGGACUUGUGUUUAAAAACAAAACACUAUGCAAACUAGUGAAUGUUCAUAAUAAAGGCACGCAUAUACAGCUAAAAAUAUUGUAUAAGAUAAAGUAUGAAAUGUUUGGAAAUAUCUGAGUUUUGUAUAGAAGAGUUCUGAAAAUUAUAAUCGGCGACAAGCAGACAGAUAUAUCUAAACCUUUUUGUGCAGAAUUCAUAACUUUUGUUUGCCAUCCAGAUCCAGUAAUUGGGUGCAUGCCUACUUUUAGAUCGUGAAAAUCUGUUUCUAAGAAAUCAAGGGUAGCUAAUUUGUCUGCACAAACGAAAUAAAAAAGUACAGCUAAUUUAAUUAUGCUUAUGAUGUUAUGAUGUCUAUUAAGAAACUUGAUGUAAGUUAACUGGCCGGAUGAUUCCAAAUAACAUAAGCCAUGUGAGCUUUGACUUUGACACCGAAUUAACCCGUUUUGAAAAAAUAUAAAAACAAAAUGCAAAUUUAUAUGCAAGAGAGACAAAUAUAUUUGUAAGUACUGUUAUGUUGUUUAGUGAAGAGUUACUUUGUUUCUAAAAACAAUGUUUGGUUUUAUUCACAUUGUCAUUUUAUUCCUUGGACCAUUUUCUUACUUGCUUCGCAUCCCGUGCAUGUCUCCUCUAAAUCACCACCACUGAUACAUUUGUAUAUACCCAUGAAUAUAAAUAAACGGCAGUUAAAAAGAAAAAUAAAACGAAAUGAGAUUUUGUUCGAGUUUUCCUUUUCUGUUUUAAAUUAUUUUUGCUUGUUAAAUCCUUUUUGUAUUUGGUUUCAAGUGUCAUUAGGAAUCAAAAAAAUUCUGUUAAAACUACUAAACAUGCAAAAUUGUUGUUAAACGAAAAUAAAUAUUUGUUUUUAAUGUUAAACAUAUAUUCUUUGACACCGGAUUAAACUUAAGGAAGGAUUAUCCAUUUUUGUACCGAGGGAUGACUACUUUUCUACAUAUUACAUUUUGAAGAAUUUUAGUGAAUUGCAAACCGUUAUAUAUAUUUUGAAUGUUAUAUUUUCUUGUAUAUAUAAGAAUAAGAUUUUGAAUUUCCUCCCCUCUGCAGUUGCCGACCAAGCUCCCUCAAGUGUCACAUCUUUGUGUAAAACAAAAUACAAAACUACCGUUAAAUAACUUGUGAGAUUGAAGUGUCGUUUAUUUUGUGGAAAACAAAAUAAAAACUUACUGUUUAAUACUAACUUGGAAGUCAAUCUGUUCACACAGUGAGGUGUUAUGAUUAUUCCUUAUCAUAUUCAUGUCAUCAUUGUCAUGAUGUUAAUAUUUGCGGGUAUUGGUCAAUAAUAACGAUCGAUCAUAUAGAAAUUUACGAUAUGUUUUAUUUUUUACCUUCGAAUCUUCAACAACCUCUGACCAAAGACAACGACUAAACCAUCCUCUAUAUUUUGUGCAAUAUGAUGAGAACACAUUGUUUUUCCAGUCUUAUAAAUUAAAGCCUGAUCUCAAAUCCAAAGACCACUUCGCAUUUGCGCCCUUAAUCUAGAAUGAAGUAUAUUUGAGUUUAUUUCAAUCGUUAGAACGUCCCAUACAAAAAAAAUUAAAUUAAAUUAUGCAACAUGAACAUCUAUACGUGUAUAUACAUCGUAACAUCAUGGGACGGAGGCCAAGAUAGGUUAGGACAAGGAUAAAGAAAAUGAUCAAAUCUGCAAAUAUCAGUCUCUCCCAAAUCCCAAGAAAAAACAAAGCAUUAAGCAUGCAUUUCGUAAUAAACAACUCAUCAUAAAACGACACAUAACUCGAAAACCUCUCCCCCGACAACUUAUCAAUUUAUUUAUCUUUUAACUUGAACACCAUUACUAGAUCUCCGCAUUUAUAUACGAGUAUACAAGUAAGAAGCCCUAAAACGUAAACACUUGAUUAAGGAUUAUAUCUGAAAAUGUCUUUCCCCCUGAAAGUUCGUAGCGUACGUGGCAACAACGGAGGAGGAGGAGGGACGGGGACGAAGUGCGGGAGGUGGAACCCGACGGUGGAGCAGUUGAAGGUAUUGACUGACUUGUUCCGAGCUGGUCUUAGAACUCCGACCACAGACCAAAUUCAGAAGAUCUCUACAGAGCUCAGUUUCUACGGCAAGAUCGAGAGUAAGAAUGUUUUCUAUUGGUUCCAAAACCAUAAGGCUAGAGAGAGGCAAAAACGCCGUAAAAUCUCCAUUGAUUUUGAUCAUCAUCAUCAAGAAAAUGACUAUAUCUCUCAUCAUCAUCAUCAUCAUCAUCAUCAUCGUCAACCAUCAACUAGAGAUGUUUUUGAAAUAAACGAAGACGAGGAGGAGAGGGUAAUAGAGACGCUACAACUCUUUCCGGUGAAUUCAUUCCAAGAAUCCAAAGUGGAAAAAAUGAGAAGCAGAGUCAAUAACCAGUACCGUGAAUACAUACGAGAGACCAACACGACCACGUUUCCUUCCUACUCAUCAUGUGGAGCUGAGAUGGAACAUCCAUCGCCGUUGGAACUUCGAUUAAGCUUUCUUUGAAUUAGUGACCACCUAAAUAAUGUCUUGGAAGUCCGAUAAAAUUUUAAAGAAGUCAUGUUAGGAGAUCUUAUGUAUUUUGAAUUAUGACUCAGAAUAUCCAAUGUAUCAAUUAUGACAACAAGUCUAAGCUGCAGCUUUAGCAAAAAAAAAAAAAAAAAAAAGAGGUCUAACCUGCAGUUACUUACUUUCUGUUAGUUUAAUAGUAUAUUGUAAGAACUAAUAUCAUGGAAGCUAUUACAGAAGUUUGACAUGGAAAAUUAUAGUCUACCAUGGUACACACAUAAUUAAGAGCUAUUUGGUCCGAGACAAAAAGAGAGAGAGAGAGGACAAGUUUUAAUCUAAUGCAUCUUUUAUUGUGCUAAGUAUUUUUAAUACUAAUUUUGUACAAUUCUAUUCAAUAAUGAUAAUUAUUAUAUUCAUGAUUUUAAUAUUAGAUCAUUUUUUGCCAUAUAUUAAAGCAUUGCUUCAAAGUAUUUCGGUAACAAAUCAAUUUAAUUUUUUUUUCUCAUCACAAAGCACUUCAAAGUAUUUGGGUAUUAAUCAAUUUACAUUGUUUUUUCUAGUCACAGAGCACUUCAAAGUUCAAACUGUCUUUUUGGUAACCAAAUCAAUUUACAUGUACACCCAAAUCGGGCCAAAUAAUAAACCAAAUUAUUUUAAAAUAAAAUGUUUGCGAGACAAAUAUAAUUGGUUGGUCGCAUCCCAAGUAUAUAACUGGCCAGAUAUGACUGGGCUUAGAAUACAAAAACCAUUAUUUGAUUUAGCCCAUUAAGCUCCGUAUAUCUAAAUAGAUAUACGAGAGAAGAUAUUUCGUUUAAAAAGUUUGUUUCUUCACCUCCAUCAGGCUAAUCCAUUUAUACGAUAAAUGAUCAAAAUUUUAUGAAACUGUUUGUUUGUCUAUUCAAAUACUUCAUCGAGAUGAAUUAUUUAAAUAGAUUUAUUUUUGUUUCUUUAUUUUCAUUUUCAUCUAAAUGAAUUUAGUAAACCAAUUACUAAAAUAACUUUGUUUUCGACUAAAAGAUUUAUUGAUUACUAUCCAAACAAACAUUGUGGUACAAGAAAGGGGGACAUGAAUGGAACAAGUUCCAAAAUAACUUUGUUUUGAUUUAAUCAAAUGCAAUUUUCUUAAAUAGUUUUUUUUUUAGUUUUUGUCACAAAAUAGUUUUCAAGGAGAAAAAUGACAAAAUAACCAAUUUUUAUAUUGAAAAUUUUAAUUUUAAGUUCUUUUUUUCAAAAAAAAAAAAUUUGAAACCUCAUCUUCAAAACCUUACCCCUCAACUCUAAACUCUAAAUAUAGAUUCAUUAACCUUAUGGUAUAAAUGUAUGUUUAUCGUUUAAUAAAAUUUCUUUAGGUCAUUUUCUCUUCUUAAGGGCUAUUUUGUGAAAAUAAACUAAAAAUGCUUCCUAGGAAAUUUUUCAUUAAUCAUAUAUUAUUUUUGUUUCACUAUAUUAAUUAUCCAAAAUAUAAUUCUUUUAAAAUAUGGUUUUAGCGGAAAAUAUGAUUUGCGGUUUUUGCGGAAAAAUACAUAUUUUCGAUUUAGGUGAGAAAUUUAGUUUUGCGAUUUUAACGAGAAUAAAAAUAAUUUUAUGGUUUUGUUUGGAAAAUGAAUUUUAUUGUUCUAGCGGAAAAAUGUGGUUUUGUGGUUUUAACGUGAAAACAUAUUUUUGCGGUUUUGACGGAAAAGUAUAGUUUUACGAUUUUGGCGAAUAUGAUAAAUAUUUGUUUUUUUAUAAAUAUUUGUUUUCUUAGAAAGAAAUAUGAUAAAUAUUUGUUUUUUAAAUACUAGAAGUAUUUUUAAAUUAAAAUUGUGAUAAAAUAAAAAUACUUUCAUAUAAAAAAUAGAUAUUUUUUAUUUUUAAUAUAAAAAUACAUAUAUUUUUGAAAAAAUCAGGUAUUUAUCUAUUAAAAAAUAGAAGGAUAACAGACUGGACUUGGGGCGAUAGCACCGUUUGUCACCCUAUCUAAGUCAGGCGUUUGUCACCCUAUCUAAGUCGGCCCUCGCUAGCUAAUUUAGACAGACUACCCACAAGGAUCAGAUUGGCUUCUUGGGGACUACAAGUCUACAACUCCCCACUACUUGAUGCUUAUGCUCAAGAGAACCCUUGACAAGAGACCACAUGCUUUUAACUUUUGAUUUCAGCAGGGAAGUUUGGAGGCUAGCUCUUAGAAGGCUUAAUCCGCCAACACCCUUUCAGGAACUGGAAUGAGCUCCGUCUUGGAUCAGAUGUCAACAAACCACAGCCCUUUAAUCCUCAGAAAAUGGUGACGGUCUUUCAUCUCUGAAAACAGAGGAACAAUGCAUAUCAUAACAGCUGCUUUGUUGCUCCUGCUGUGAUAUUGACACUGAUCUAUAGAGAUGUGAAGUUAAGUUGCUUUAUAUUCCUUCCAGUGCCGGGCCUGAGUAUAAAUAGAGAGAGAAGAAGAAAGAAAUAGAAUUCUUAGGGAAAAAAUGAAAUAGA